CAUCGCCAUCGCCGAUGGCCGGGCCAAGCGCCCCCGCCGAGGCUGCCAGCGCGCGCGUCGCCGGCGCGCGCGCCGCGCCGUCACUUGCACGGCAGCAGGCGGCCGUGCUGGCACAGGUAUCAUUAGCCCUCCCCCUCUGCACCGCCUUCUUCCGCUGGGCCCCCGCCCGCCUCGCCGCCGCCAGCCCGGCGCUCGCCGAGUGCGCGCCGCAAGCGCUGCCCGCGCUGCUGCCGCGCCUGCUCGCGGCGUCGGCGCUGCCGCUGCUCGCAGGCGUUGUUUUGGUCGGCAACGCGCGCUUCCUUGGGCCUGGCAUCGACCCGCUCACACACCCAACGGGCGGCAACGCCCGCUUCGCCGUCUACACUAGAUACCUCAGCAACACGCUCGAGCAAUACGUCCUUCACGCCGCCGCGACCGCCGGCCUCGCCGCGUGGGGCCUGUGCCCCCACGCCGCCGCCGCGGCCGCCUGGUUCGUCGCCGCGCGCAUGGCGUUUCUGGUCGGGUACCUCGCGCACCCCGUGCUGCGCGGCGCCGGGUUUGCGGCGACUGUGUACCCGACGGCUGCCUCGCUGGCGUACUGCGCGUGGCGCCUCGCGAAUGACGGCCCGAUGGCGGGCGCCGCCUGA